AUGGACCUCGGGGCGAGCGUACGAAAACGACUGGAAUCCAUCGACCGGUGCGAUGCGAACGCGUUAAACGCCGUCCUCUCGCACGUCUCGAGCGCGCUCACGUCAAAGACGACGGUGGAAGACGCUGGAGAGGUAUUGUCGACGCUCGAGGCGCGCGACGCCGUGGCGGGGGUGUCCGUGACGUUCGUGGAGGCGGCGAGACGAGGCUUUGACGGCGGCGACGUCGCGUCGACGCUCGAGCGGGACGCUGGAACGUCGAAAACCAACGCGCAGCGCGUCGCAGCUGCAUAUGAGAAAAUUAGAGGAGAGUUAGAGCGGGAAUUGCGAAGACACGCGCGGUCGAGCGCGGUGAAACGGUUGAAAUCGCACGCGUGUCGGGCGGAUUACGUCGUGAGCGCGUCGGCCAACGGAGAUAGACGCGAGCCGGCGUUUCACAUAUCGUGGGUCUUAGGCGAUGGUUCGGGCAAUGACGAGCGCGUGAAUUUUAUGUGCGACGCUGAGGAGAUGAUGCACUUAGUGGAGACGCUUCGAGAGGCGUGCGGGGCGUCGGAAGCGCUCGCAACGCGGUGA